AUGGCUACCGCCGCAGUUUCCUCGCCCACUCCAAUUCCAACAUAUAAUCCUCAAAUAGUUCAGUCGGCGCAAGAACCAAAGGUGACCGGACCACAAGAUGUACAGACGGUCCUGAACUAUCACAAGCCGAAUGAGGAUGGCUCACCGCCCCAUCCAACCUACACUGAUCGUCCAGAGACAUAUGAUCGCCCAGUCGAAACUCACCCCACGACAGUCACAGACGUGCGAGGCCGCGAGAACGAGUUCUCGCUCGAUACCAACGGGUUUCAAUUUUACAAACAUGCAAGCGUGGAGAAAGACUUCGUAAACGACGAGCAGAUCAAGGAUCAAUACUACAAAGAAACCGAGCAACUCCUGAAAGACGCCACUGGCGCAACACGCAUCCACAUCUUCGACCACACGAUUCGUCGCCCGUCCCCAAGCCACUCCUCGACAACCCCCCAGCUGCGCGGCCCCGUGCAGCGCGUGCACAUCGACCAGUCGUACGCGGCGGCGCUCUCGCGCGUGCCAUUCCACCUGCCUGCUGACGCCGACACGCUGCUCAAGUCGCGCGUGCAGAUCAUCAACGUGUGGCGGCCGAUCAAAACGGUGCAGCGCGAUCCGCUCGCCGUCGCCGAAGCGAACAGCGUCUCAGACGACUCGCUGGUCGUCACGGAGCUGAUCUACCCGACGCGCAAGGGUGAGACGUGGUAUUAUAAAUCGCAUCUCAGCCCCGAGGAAGUCAUUCUGAUCAAAUGCUUCGACUCGAAGAAAGACGGCCGCGCUAGACGGGUGCCGCAUACUGCGUUCCACGUCCCUGGUACGGAGGACAAGGAGGGGCGGGAGAGCAUUGAAGUGCGUGCGUUAGUGUUCCACGAGCAUGAGAGUUUGGAAUAA